CUCGCUCUCUCUCUCUCUGUGAUCUUACGCUAAUGUUGGCGUUAAAGGUAAGCCAAGACGAAGCAGAUUAUAUAUAUACGUUCAAACCCUUUUAACCCCACACACUCACACAUACGUAUAUACAGAAUCCGGAUUCGAUCGCCUCCAAAAGAAUCCUUUCAUCGACUGCAUGGUCAUCGUCGGUGAUCGAGCUGUUCCAAUGACUUCAACAUUUGGAAGCACUCAUUUUAGACCUUCGGCCUUUGGUAGUCAGUGUGGAGGAAGUAGAGUAUCUGGCUAUUCUAAAACAGUUGAGGUAGUAGAUGGCGAAAUGAUGGUAUCAACUGGACCGCAACACUUAGAAUCCAUAUCAGCCAUGCCUGUUUACAAAGAUAACAGCACUGAAGAACUCCGGUGGGAGGACUACAAGUCAGGAGAUAAAGGUGGGAUUGGCUUUGGUGCUUGGGCUAUGCAGCCAAACCUCUUUAGUGCUUCAUGUUUGUCAGCCAAGUCAGCUUCAAAUCCCUUCUCCUCCUCAACCCCUGCCAAUAUAUUUGCUUCCGAAGCAGGAGCCUCUGCUUCUGAAGGCUUUGGAGAAUCAAAUACCCCUGCAUUCAGUUCAUUCAGUCCUUUUGGGCAUUCAUCUUCAAUUCCGUUCUCCUCAGACUUUGGAGCAUCAACUGCGCCUGCACCCAGUUCAACUCCCUUUCAGGCGUCUGCAUGGCCUUUUGCGACUACAUCAUCGUCUACGCCGAUGCCAUCUGGAAAACCCUCAGCCUCUGGAUUAUUCGGGCCCAAUAGAUCUGAACCUUCUUUGUGUACAUCAAGCUUACCUACAUUUGGACCAACACCUGCUGUCUUUAGUUCUAGCGGGUCAUUCAGUGCAAACUGUUAUGGAACAUCUACCCAACCUAUAUUUGGAGGUAAUAAUAAAAGCUCUGAAUUUUUUGGUGGUGAACCCAUCUCGUCUAUGUCAUCUCAUUUUGGAUCAGUACCCCCGAACUUUGUGUCACCCUCAUUAUUUGGACAAGCUACUGCCCAAGUCCCGGUAUCUCAGUCUGUUGCACCCUCAUUCGGUAUUUCAGGUGGCCGCUGUUGUGUAUGUCCAUCAAACAUGUCGAACACUGCAUUCACUGGAAAUGGAUCCACAUCCGCAGGAAAUUUGUUCUCAAGCACGCAAUUUGAGUUUCCACCAAAUCUGUCUGGUUUUGGUCACGCAACUACUUCUUCCCCCAGUCCUUUCAAGCCAAUGCAAACUGUUCCUUGCACAGGUGUUCCUAUCGGUGACUUUGGGCAGUCAGUUCAUGGCACAGGUGUUCCCGUAGGCAACUUUGGCCAGUCAGUACCGGGUUUUAAUGGCUUUCUGGGCAUCGCAUUCCUGCCUUGCUGGAUUGCUUUUGGUCAACCAGUUGCUUCACCUCCUGGUUGGGUUGCCUCAGCUCAGCCUAUUGCUGCACCUGUGACUUGUAACAAUCCGUUUCACAGAGAAGUACCUGGGGCCCCAACAUAUGGAAGCACUAAUUUUGGAUCGUCAGCCUUUGCUAGUAAGCACGGAGGAAGUAGAAUAGAAGCCUAUAAGGCAACAGUUGACCUAGUAGAUUUUGGUAAGCUAAAUUCAAUAUCGGCCAUGCCCAUAUACCGAAAUAAGAGCCCUGAAGAAAUCCGAUUGGAAGACUACCAGUCAGGGGAUAAAGGUGGUCCUACACUCAGGAUGGGCUCUGUUCAUACUGCUCCAAGUUCCUUCUCCUCCUCAACCCCCUCCAAUUUAUUUGCUUCACAAAAACCAACCUUUACUUGCCAAAAAUUUGGUGUGCCAACUACUCCUAUAUUCGGUUCAUCAGGUUUUGCAGCACCAUCUGGUGAAUGUCAAUUUGGCCAGUCAUUUGCAACUCCCUUCUCUUCAACUUCAGCCAACUUAUUUGGUUGCCAAACAUCCGUGUUUAAUUCCGCAGACUUGGCGUCCUCAACUCCAUUCGGUCCACGUCCUUUCGGCCAGCCAUCUGCAAAUCCCUUCUCCUCUUCAACCUCUACCAAUUCAUUUGCUGCUUCCCAAACACCAUCCUUCGCUUCGGCAGCCUUUGGAACAUCGACUACUACUCCGUUAGCUUCGUCAGUUUUUGCAGCACCAUCCUCUCCAUCUCCUUUUGGGUUAUCUGUAAAUCCCUUCUCCUCAACCCCUUCCAAUACGUUUCCUCCUAAGACAUCGUCUUUCAGCUCUUCAGGCUUUGGAGAAUCAACUGCGUGCCCUUUUACGACUGCGCCAUCUACACUUUGGGGAUUUGGAACGGCAUCAGGCUUUGGGUCUGGGGCCAAUGGCUCUGCACCUUCUUUCAUUGAAUCAAGCUCACCUACAUUUGGAUCAUCGCCUUCUGUCUGCAGUUCUAGUUUCACAUUUGGAACAUCUUCUCAACCUGUGUCCGGAUCACAUAGCUAUCCACUAUUUGGAACACUCAACUCAUCUGUCUCCUCUCUAUUUGGAUCAGUAGCCCCAAACUCUGUGUCACCCUCAUCAUCCGGACCCAUCACUGCCCAAUCCUUGUUUCACGCCAAGUGUCAUCCCUCAUUUCAGAAGACUCAUCCUUUUUCUGGACAGAGUAAUAUUCCUUUGACGCCAAGUUUCAUCCCUUCCUUUGGUGCAUUAAACAUUUCCAGCACUGCAUCAACUGGGAAUGGCUCUGAAGGAAAUUUGUGCUCAAGUCCUACAAGCGCUGCUGGUUUUGAUCCGACGAGUAGCUCUACGCACACUCCUUUUCAGCCGGUGCCAACUGCUGAUUCCGAAGGUGUUUGUUUAGGCAACAUUGGCCGGUCAGUAGCAGGGGAUGGCUUUGGUUGGAAUGCCUUCGGUCCACCAGGUGCUGCAAAUUGUAGAUUUUGAGGACAUUGGAAGAGCACAACACUGAAGAUUCGGAGUUCUCUAGAAACUCUAAUUUGUUUACCGUAACAAAUAACGAGAAUUUAAUCUGAUUUAGGAAUUGGAGUUUAUUUAUUAGUAUUUUAGUUUUUGGGGUUUGUUUGUCUAUUUUUUUUUUGUUUCCUUAUUGAGAUGAUCUUGUUCGUAAAAGAUUAUGUUUUUUUUUAUAUUUUUUAUGGCAUAAGGGAGAAACAAAGAUACGGUAUUUGCUUAUGUC